AUGUUGCAGAGAAAACUUAAAGAACUUGAACAUGAACUCAUGAACAAAGUAUUCUCUCUUUCUGCCGGGACUCCAUUGCCUAAACUAUACACUCAAGACGUCGAGCAAAGAUUCUUCUUUUUGAAAACUCUCUUGUCAGCAGAAACGGCAUCAAGCUCUAAAAAGUCACAGUUCUGCUUGCAACUAAUAGGCAAGAGACUAUCAGACCUUGAAACUGCAUUCUAUGACUGGAGUGAUAAUAAUGAAACAGUAUUGACAGCACAAGACCAGUUGGGGAAUGUUUCAUGCACCGAAUCUUGUCUUGAUGAUGAUGGUGAUCAGACUUCUGAGGAAACGGGUUUGCAUGAAUUCGAGGAGGCAGAGAAUGUUUUUCAGAGUUUGAUUGAAGUGAAGAAACCAUUGAAGGAGACGGUUAGGGUUCUUGAAAAGAAGAGCGACUUGAUCAAGAACAGAUCAGGGAGGUUUUGCGGCGGUAUGGCCAGUGGGGUGGUGAUUGGUAUGGCUUUAAUGGGAUUUGUGAUGGUAACUUUAAGUGAAUGCUUUCCUUAUCUGAAACAUAGUGUAUGCCUUCCUCCUACUUAG